AAAGCGGAAACGCGCGUCUGAUUGCAGACACACAAAAGUGACAAAACGACAGCCUGUCUCUCCAUUUUAAACAGUCCUUCGCAAUUCAUCGCACACACAAUCUAUCUAUCACUCAAAAAUUAGAGAAGCACUAUAAGCAAAAACCCUAGCUAAAGAGCGUCUUUGCAACUAAAGCCACCAAACGAAAAUGAAAUUUCGGUUUCACAAUAAAGUCCCUAUUUUCCCUCACCAUUUAUGGCAUUACGAGCAGCAUCACUGCCGUCAAUUUUCUCCUUCAUUUGUGAAGAAGCUCUUUACAACGUCUCAAGCCCGUGCGUCUUCAAGUGGUGGCACAAACAAUGGUCAAGGCAAUAUUUUCCUGGUACCUGGUGCCACGGUUGCUACUUUACUUAUGCUUGGUGCUCUUCACGCUCGCAGGCUCUAUGAUGACAAGAAGGUUGAAGAGGCACGAGAGAAAGGGGCUGACAUUGAAUUCAAACCUGACGUAAAAGCUACAUUUCUGAGAAUGCUACCUCUUCGUUCAAUUUCUAGGUUUUGGGGUUUCCUGACAAGUGUGGAAUUUCCUGUCUGGAUGCGUCCAUAUGUUUAUAAAGCAUGGGCUCGGGCAUUCCAUUCAAACCUGGAAGAAGCAGCUCUGCCUCUGGAUGAAUAUGCUUCUUUAAGAGAAUUCUUUGUUCGUACCCUGAAACAAGGUUCCAGGCCUAUUGACCAGGAUCCUAAUUGUCUGGUUAGUCCUGUAGAUGGUACUAUUCUAAGAUUUGGAGAGUUGAAAGGGGUUGGUGCUAUGAUUGAGCAAGUUAAAGGGUUUUCAUAUUCCGUUUCUUCUCUUCUUGGUGCUAGCACCUUUCUUCCCACGAUAGCUGAAGGUGAAAUGCAUGAAGAGACUGGUGAACAAGAAAGCAUUCUUACAGACAACACUAAGAAGUCAUGGUGGAGAAUUUCAUUAGCUUCUCCCAAAGUCCAGGACAACAUGUUAGCACGUCCAAUGAAAGGCCUUUAUUACUGUGUGAUAUACUUAAAGCCUGGAGACUACCAUCGAAUACACUCACCAGUUGAUUGGAAUGUUCUAGUUCGUCGGCAUUUUUCAGGUCGCCUCUUUCCUUUGAACGAACGUGCAACAAGAACAAUUAGAAAUCUUUAUGUGGAGAAUGAAAGGGUUGUGCUUGAAGGUCUGUGGCAAGAAGGGUAUAUGGCAAUUGCUGCAAUUGGAGCAACUAAUAUUGGAUCAAUUGAGUCAGAACUUCUAGGCCCAAGGUCACUGUAUGCCACCAAGACACUUUUCAUUGAACCAGAAUUCAAGACAAACCGGCCAAGAAAGAAGUUAUUACACUCAGAGCCUCCAGAACAACGGGUGUAUGAACCUGAAGGUGUUGGAAUGAUGCUUAAGAAAGGAGAUGAGGUGGCUGCCUUCAACAUGGGAUCAACGGUCGUGCUUGUCUUCCAAGCCACGACUUUGAAAUCACUUGAAAGUAAUGAUACUUUGUCAGAGUUCAGUUUUAGUAUUAAACGUGGAGAUAAGAUUCGUGUUGGAGAAGCACUGGGGAGGUGGCAAGAUUCUUGCAACUGAUCAUAGUGGUAUACAAUUGAAUAUGUGUGCUCUAAAUAUGAUGCUGCUCUGAUGGGCAUGAGUUUUCUAUUAGUAGUAAGGGCGGGAAUGAUGCUUGUGCCAUAGAGCUCUUGGUUGGCUUGAUGUUGAACAAAGGAAAAGCUUAACUUGGUAGUCUACCAAAUUCUGUUUGGCUUGACUAGGCCUUUAAUUGGGUCAUAAACUGAGAUUAUGCCUGGGUUAUUGGUUCUAGAUAUUUUUCAAGAAUCUGAUUGAGCAGAAAUAUUCGAAUGAUGUAAUUGAUAAUAGAUGAUUUUCAUUUUCUUUGAUGGCUA